AUAGCAUCAAACUUUCUGGCAAAACAAGUGCACAUUAAACUUGUUUUUCUCUAUAUAUAAUAUUAAACUUGGGAAAUAUUGCUCAAUAAUUUUUAUCAUGGGUACGAGGCACUCAAUCAAUAUUCCAAAAGAGAGAGAGGCGAUGCGUGUGUAUACAGAAGAACCAAGGAAGCUAAAACCAGAAAGAAGAAAAACUAAUGUCAAUUAUAACGCAACAGUACAGCGUCCCACGGGAGAAGGAAAUGAAAAACUUGAAUCCCCGUCCGAUUCACUGGUCAAACUUGGAGGAAAAAGCAGCAGCAUCAACAAGGCAGCAACAAUAAAUAUAAGAUCUCAACUUCUAUAUAAAAGAGCUCAGCUUCCACAUUAUCUGAUUGAGAUCUUGAAAGAAGCAGACUCUCGUCUAGAGAUCGAUAAAUCCUCCACAGAUCGAUUAUAUGAACAGCUAUAUAAUGGAGUUCACCUCAAACAAAAUAAGCAGAAGUAUUGGAUUGAUAGAACGAAUAAAGCAAACUGCUUUAUGUUAUACGCAGAAGAUCUCUCAAUUACUUGGGGAAAAGACAAUCGUUACUGGAAUUGGGUAGAUAUCAAAGAGACGAGUGAUGAAAAUUUUAUAGCAGCAGAACUAAAAAGUGUGUGUUGGUUGGAAGUUUGUGGGAGCUUUGACACAGCUGCACUGACGCCAGAAACAUUGUAUGAGGUAGUGUUUGUGGUGAAGAUAAAAGAAAAUGCCGAUGGAUUGGAAUCAAUUACCGUGAGGCUUAUCAUCCCAAAUAAAUCAAGCAAUGAGCUUACAGUAAAUCUCAUGAAUGUAACCGAAAGAGAAAAAUGGAUAGAAGUGCCAGUAGGAGAAUUCUUCACGAGCAAUGAAUUUAAGAGGAAGAAGAAGAGGGAGGAGAUUGAGAUUUUUCUAUAUGAAACCGAGAAAUUGGAUUGUAAACAGGGUUUAGUCAUCAAAGGUAUUGUUAUUCGUCCCAAAGCCUGAGCCCUGAGAUUUUCCGUCUCGGAGGUUUACAACAAUGAUCUUGGAGGUGGGUUGUCGUGAACUUUUGAUCUUGCUUGCCCCAGGAACAGAACUUCAAACAUAACAAGUUUUGACAUUUGACCCUUACAAGUUUACCCAUGUGACAAACAGGAAUCAAAAGUUCAAGACCACCUAUUUCCAACGUCAUUAGAUAUUAAUUUCCUAAAGAAUAAGAAGCUUAUGUAAUUUAUCUGGGGAUCUAAGUUUGUCCAGUUCGAAAUUCAGUGUAUGCAACUCUAUCCUUUUCCACUUAA